GAAACUAUUCACUCACCAAAUGUAGUUUUGUGUUUUUUUUUUGUUUGGUGUGUUGGUUUCAUUGUAGUUUAUUAUCAUAUCGCUGACACAAUGAUUUUGAAUUAUAUUAAAACAAUUACCGAUGCUCAGAAUCAACCAAAUCGAAUAUGUGGCAUAUCAUGGUCGCAUAAUCAACAACGAUUGGCCGUGGCAACGGUGGAUCGAACGAUUUUAUUGUAUGAUGAAAAUGGUGAAAAACGUGAUAAAUUCGCCACAAAACCAUUGGAUCAAAGCAGUGGCAAGGAAUCGUAUACAAUCCGUCAAAUUGCAUUUAGUCCGGACUCAACGAAAUUGGCCGUCGCACAAAGUGAUAAUAUUGUGUACGUGUACAAAUUGGGUACGACAUGGUCGGAUAAGAAGGUGAUUUGCAAUAAAUUCCCACAAACGACAUCCUUAAUGGCAAUGGUAUGGCUGUCGAUUGGACCCAUCAUCGCAGGCCUCGAAGAUGGUAAAGUUCGUGCGUUGAAUACCAAAACAAAUAAAUCACAAAAUUUGUACGAAACACAAAGUAUGGUGGUAUCACUGGCGGCCAAUGAACGUGGUACCGGUUUUAUUUGUGGCCACGAUGAUGGUUCGAUUAUUCGAUAUUACAUCAGCGAAGAGUCGGGCGCUCAAGUGUCUGGCCGAAUAAUUCAGCAUCAAACGACACCGGUGGCACUGGCCUGGGCCAAUGGUUACAUCAUUGCAGCUGGCUGUGAUCGACGCAUUCUAUUUUAUGAUUCACAGGGUCGACAGUCACGUCUAUUCGAUUAUUCGCGUGAAGAAAAUGAGAAGGAAUUCACGAUAGCAUCGGGCAGCCCAAACGGGCAGGCGGUUGCAAUUGGAAGUUUUGAUAAAAUACGAAUAUUCACAUGGAGUCCACGUCAGACUGCCUGGAAUGAAUUGGCCACCAAAGAAAUCGAUAAACUGUAUUCGGUCACAGCAAUGAGUUGGCGACGUGACGGCGCAAGAUUAGUGAUCGGCUCAUUAUGCGGCGCAGUAAUUAUGUUCGAAUCAGCGCUGCGACGGACCAUUCUACAAGAUAAAUUCGAAUUGACAUUCGUGGCGCCGAGCCAAGUGCUGGUUAAGGAAUUGCAAGAAUCAGCCGGUGGAAAUGUACUCAUUGAAUCACAACUUGGACUGGAAAUUUAUGAUGUUCGCAUUAUGGGUAAAAAUAACUACCUCGUUGCACGCACCGAUGAAUCGUUGAUUUUGUGCGAUUUAACGCGGAAUUUAACGAGCGAAGUAUCGUGGACGAAAACUGGUGAUCAUGAGAAAUUCUACUUUGAAAAUCCAAACGUGUGCCUUAUAUUUAACGCCGGUGAAUUGUCGCUGGUGGAAUACGGCGAUAAUUUCAUCUUGAGAUCCGUUAGAACCGAAUUCGUCAAUCCGCAUACGAUUUCUGUACGGCUAAAUGAACGGGGAAAUACAAAAGACAACAAAAAAUUGGCAUAUCUGUUGGAUAUGAAAACGAUUUGUGUAGUGGAUUUGAUUGAGGAGACAACCAUUACGCAAAUUCAUCAUAAUUCAAAAAUUGACUGGAUCGAACUGAACGAAACAAGCCAAAAGUUACUGUUUCGCGACAAGAAAAUGCGUCUAUAUUUAGUCGAUGUAAUGAGUGGCGAAAAGCAAUUAUUAUUGCCAAAAGCGUUAUUUGUGCAAUGGGUGAUUCAUAGUGAUGUCGUUGUCGCGCAGACAGACAAUAAUCUCGAGAUUUGGUACAACAUCGAUAUGCCGGAGCAUAAAACAUUAAUGCCUGUUCGCGGUGAAGUCACCGAAAUUAUACGUGGAAAUGAUAAAACCGAGGUAAAAACACGUGACGGAGCGUCUGAGUUUACUUACAGUCUUGACGAGGGCUUAGUGGAGUUUGGUACUGCAGUUAAUGAUAACGAUUUUGGUCGGGCAAUUUUGUUCCUUGAAACACUGGGCGAUGUCCCUGCAGCCAAAGCGAUGUGGCACAAUCUGGCUAAUGUCGCCUUAAAUCAACAAAAUAUUUUGGUGGCACAGCGUUGUUUCGCAGCACUGGGGAAUGCAUCGAAGGCAUUCUACUUGAGCGAAACCAUGAAAAUCGCAGAGAAAUAUGAAGAAACAACCGGUCCCGGUCUGCAAUGUCCUGAAGUUCGUGUUCGAUUGGCACUUUUAAACGCAGAUCUUAGAACGGCCGAAAUGAUUUACAUCGAGCAAGGGAACAUUGAGUCCGCGUUGCAAAUGUACAAAGACCUCCGAAAAUGGGAUGAUGCAAUUAAGUUGGCCGACCGUCGUGGUUAUUCGGAUAUCGAAAGUCUAUUGAAGGAGCAAAUGACAUUCCUGUUGAAAAGCAAUCAAGAACAAAAAGCUGGCCAAGUUUUGGAAGCUCGUGGUGAGACUGAUCAAGCGAUGACAUUGUAUCUUAAAGCGAAUCGACCGACCAAAGCGGCGAGACUAUUGUUAAAAUUGCCCCAUUUGCUGCACGACGAAGAGUUGUUGAAUCGUGUUAUCACAUCUUUAGUUAAAUCUGAACUGUACGAAUUGGCCGGAGAUUUAUCGCAGAAAAUGAAUCAACCAAAUGCGGCAAUUGAUUAUUAUCGCAAGGGAAAAGUGUUUGCCCGAGCGAUCGAAUUGGCGCGAGGUGUGUCACCGGAGGAAGUGACCACAUUGGAAGAAGAAUGGGGUGAUUGGUUGGUGAGUCGACGACAGGCUGACGCUUCAAUUAGCCAUUACAUCGAAGCUGGAGCAACGGUCAAGGCGCUAGAAGCAGCAGUCCAAGCAAAGCAAUAUCUCAAAGCGGUUCAGAUCGCCCGCGUCCUUGACGAACCCGAUGAGAUCAAACAAUUUGCCGUCGAGCUCUCGGAGCAAUUAUCCCAAAUGGGCAGUAUUUCUUCGGCGGAAGAGAUUUUGGUUCGUGCUGAAAUGUACAAAGAAGCGGUCGAUUUACUGAACAGUCAUGGUCAAUGGGAGAAGGCAUACGAUAUUGCGGAAAAAUAUUUGGGUAAAAAUAUAGUGCGUGACAUGUUCAUUGACAUGGCGACCAAACUGGAGGAAGACAUGAAAUUACGUGACGCCGAAAAAGUGUUGCUCACCAUAAAUGAGCCGAAUUUAGCGAUUGCAAUGUACAAACGAUUUGAGCAAUACGAUGCAAUGAUUCGCUUGGUUGAACAGUAUCACCGUGAACAGGUGGACGAUACGCAUUUGCACUUGGCCAAAGAGCUGGAGUCAAAAGGUAAAUACAAAACGGCGGAAAUUCAUUACAUUGCGGCCGGUGAUUGGAAAGCGGCCGUGCACAUGUUUGGCAAUGCAAAUCUGUGGGAAGAAGCGUAUCGUGUGUCCAAGCAGAAAGGUGUUGACGGUGCAUCAGAUAGAGUUGCGUAUAUGUGGUCGCGAUCACUGCCAACAGUGGACGCCGCAUUUAAAUUACUUUCGAAAAUGGGACUGAUCGAUUCAGCCAUCCAGUUGGCAUGUGAAGGAAAUCAAUAUGAGUUUGCUCUGGAGUUGUGUCGAAUGGCAAAUCGGCAGGCGGAUGAUGUUCAUUUGAAAAUCGCCAUGGACUACGAAGACGAUGGGAAAUUUGGCGAAGCCGAGGUGGAAUUUCUUUUGGCAAAUAAGCCAAAGGAGGCGAUACUGAUGUACACACACAGUCGAGAUUGGCGUUCAGCCCUUCGAAUCGCCGAACAACAUUUGCCUGACGCCGUCAAUGACGUGCUAUUGAGCCAAGCAGCCGAUGCACUUGAAUCGGAUAAUUACGCUGAGUACGAGGCACUUUUAAUUCGAGCCGAACGAACCGAUAUCAUUUUACAGCAUUACAAAGAGAACGAAAUGUGGAACGAUGCCAUUCGAAUUGCCAAAGAAUACAAUCCAUCGUCGCUGAACGAAGUGAAGCGACUGCAAGCCAAGGCCGAUCGUGGCAGUGGCCUGUCAAAUGAUGCAAGACAAUUGGUGCAAGAAGCGAAUGAUUAUGCGCGCAACGAACAAUUUCGCAAGGCAAUCGAUUGUCUCAUGAAAAUCAGCCAAAUACCGAAUGCCGAUCCGCAAAUGGCAGAACAGGCAUUAAUCCGAGCGGCCGGCAUGUGCAACCAGUUUUUGGAGGGAAAUGAUGCGGUUGAAGUAGCCUAUCAACUGGCGCCCAGUUUACUCAAGUUGAAUCAAAUUGCGACCGUAGUUCAACUGUAUUUAGCCGCUGAGCUGCCGAAAGAGGCGGUAGACGUGUUUAUACAAUCGGAAAAUUGGAGUAAAGCACGACGAUUGGCCAAAGAGAUUGACCCACAGUUGUUGUCGUAUGUUGAGAAUCAACAGAAAGUUCGACUUCGCAGCGAAGGCAACAUCGAACAAUUGGCCGAUAUCGACGUGAUUUCGGCACUGGACUUAUUAGCCGAACAGGGUCAAUGGACACGUUGCAUCGAAAAGGCGAAACAACACAAUAUGACUGUUAUGCACAAAUACCUCGCCCAAUAUGCGGCCCAUCUGAUCCAAAACCACGAUAGUGUCAACGCAUUACAGUUGUACCUACAAUACGGUGCACCAGCUCUGCAGCAAAACUACAAUAUCUACUUGCGAAUCGCAUUGGAAUGUUUUGCAUUACGUGAGGCUGAAGGUGUACAUGUGUGGAAAGACCUACGAAAUUUCUUAUUCCAAUUAACACAAUCAAUUAAGACCGACGAAUCAGGCGAUGACAGCGAUGCUGAUCGCUUCGAACAACUACUGCAAGUGGCUCAUUAUUAUGCGACUCGGGCUGCGUGUCGAGAGGUUCCUUCACUGCAUCAAAUCGCUGUCAAAAUAUCCGUUGCCAUUCUACGUUACACCGAAUUCAUUCCCGUUGAUAAGGCAUUCUUUGAGGCUGGCAUGGAUUUACGGUCACUGAAUCGUGAAUGUGAAGCGUUCGUAAUUUUAAAUCAUUAUUUAGAUAUUUGCGAAGCAAUCGAUGAGGGCUCGGGCAAUUUAGUGGAUCAUUCCGAUUUUACGGUCACCGAUUUUCCUUCGUCGGUGCCAAUACCCGAGCAAAUGCACUUGCACGACGAACCAAAUAUACACGAAGAAAUACGCGAAUGGAUCUUAGCCAUCAGCAUGGAUCAGAAAAUAAAUCAGGUGCUACCGACUGACGAUCGCAAUUUAUACGAAUCCAGUUUGGAUAUUCACGAUGAGCCGUGCAUCGUUAGCGGCUAUCCGAUUCAGCAUAAGCAACCGGUCGUGUUUCAACGUUCGCAUCGGCAGGCCAAUCGUGAUGUCUGGAGCAAAUUAACGGUGUCAGCCAAAAUGUCACCGCACACAAGCAUUCCCGAUGUCAUUGAAUUUAUCGAAAAAUGGGCCGGGCACGCUACGUUCAUCACCUAUUGAAAUUCCCUAAUUUUACUCGGUCCCGUCUGGUUUCAUAGCAUACAUUUCUAUUGGCUAGACACAAUCUUCGUCUUUCUUUCGAUUUAUUCUUUUCCGUUUCGUUACAAAAUGUAAUUUGAUUUCUAAAAUUCACUAUUAUUUUCUUUCGAAAAGGAAAUGUUUUAAGAAAACUAUUAUAUAAUAAAAGACCUAAGCAAUUCAGUGGGUG